AUGGCGGAGCCGCGCAGGGUGGCGUUCAUUAGCCUGUCACCGGCUCGGCGGCGCGAGGCCGAGGGUGCCGAGCGCGGGCCCGAGGAGCCGGCGUCGCGGACCGCGCCGUCGCCGACGUCGCCCCGCCAGACGGUGCGCCUGGAGCUGGUGCUCAAGGAUCCCACCGACGAGAGCUGCGUGGAGUUCAGCUACCCCGAGCUGCUGCUGUGCGGAGAACAACGGAAGAAGCCUGUUCACACAGAAGACCCAUUUAAUGAUGAGCAUCGGGAGAGGCAAGAAGUUGAAAUGUUGGCUAAGAAGUUUGAAAUGAAAUAUGGUGGGAAGCCCCGUAAACACCGGAAGGAUCGACUCCAAGAUUUAAUUGAUAUAGGCUUUGGCUAUGAUGAGACAGAUCCGUUUAUUGAUAACUCAGAGGCUUAUGACGAAUUAGUUCCUGCUUCUCUGACCACAAAAUAUGGAGGCUUUUACAUCAACACGGGCACACUCCAGUUCCGUCAGGCUUCAGAUACCGAAGAGGAGGACCUCGCCGACAACCCAAAGCACAAGCCACCCAAAGUUUCCAAAAUCAAAGAAGAUGAUAUUGAGAUGAAGAAGCGGAAGCGGAAAGAAGAAGGGGAAAAGGAGAAGAAGCCAAGGAAAAAAGUAUCCAAACAGUUAGGAGUUGUGGCUCUGAAUUCCCACAAGUCUGAAAAAAAGAAGAAACGUUACAAAGACUCUCUUUCUCUAGCUGCCAUGAUCCGGAAAUUUCAGAAAGAGAAGGAUGCGCUGAAGAAGAAGGAACCUAGCCCCAAAGUCCCUGUGACCUUACCGACCUCCUCUCUGAACAAGCCUCCCUCUGCCGUGGCCACACUGGGAAACGACGUCUCGGACUUAAACCUGAGCAGUAGUGACCAAGACCUCCCCAUCUUUGUCAGCACAAAUGAACAUGAGCUGUUUCAGGAAGCUGAGAACGCCCUAGAGAUGCUAGAUGAUUUUGACUUCGACAGAUUGCUGGAUGCCACUUCUGACGGCAGCCCCCUGUCCGAGUCAGGCGGGGAGAACGGGAGCACUACCCAGCCAACCUACACUUCUCAGGUCGUGCCCAAGCUGGCGCCCACACUCCCGGAGGGUCUGCCUGUACCGCUUGAAAAGCGUAUUGAAGACCUCCGCAUUGCUGCCAAACUUUUUGAUGAAGAGGGAAGGAAAAAAUUCUUUACACAAGAUAUGAAUAAUAUUCUUCUGGACAUUGAGUUACAACUACAGGAGCUGGGCCCUGUCAUUCGGAGUGGUGUCUAUUCCCAUCUUGAAGCUUUUGUGCCAUGCAACAAGGAAGCGCUGGUGAAACGUCUCAGGAAGCUGCAUCUCAAUGUCCAGGAUGACCGUUUAAGAGAGCCUCUGCAGAAGUUGAAGGUGGCUGUUAGCAAUGUCAUGCCCGAGCAGCUGUUCAAGUACCAGGAGGACUGCCAAGCGCGGAGUCAGGCCAAGUGUGCCAAGUUGCAAACAGAUGAAGAGCGAGAAAGAAAUGGAUCCGAGGAAGAUGAUGAUGAGAAGCCGGGGAAACGUGUCAUAGGUCCAAGAAAGAAAUUCCACUGGGAUGACACACUUAGAACUUUGUUAUGUAACCUUGUUGAAAUCAAAUUGGGAUGCUAUGAGUUAGAACCGAAUAAAAGCCAGUCAGCUGAGGAUUAUCUGAAAUCCUUUAUGGAGACAGAAGUGAAGCCAUUGUGGCCCAAGGGUUGGAUGCAGGCAAGAAUGCUUUUUAAAGAAAGCCGGAGUGUGCAUAAUCAUCUUACUUCUGCUCCGGCAAAGAAAAAGGUGGUUCCUGCUCCUAAACCUAAAGUGAAGAGCAUAGCUGUCCAGACCUGUCCUCUUCACUCUCCUCCCAAUCUUUUGGCAGAAUGCAGUCCUAAAAAGGACCAGAAGACUCCUGGCCCCGGAGCAGCUCCUGCUGGCCCUUCUGCAAGCUCCAGCUCCUCAGCCGUGGCCUCCACCAGCUCGGGCUCAGCCCCAGCCCAGGAGACCAUCUGCCUGGAUGACUCCCUGGAUGAAGACUUUGCCUUCCACACCCCCUCCCUGGAGCUGGUUUCUGAGGCACUGGCGGUCAUCAACAAUGGCAACAAGGGCCCUGCAGUUGGCUCGAGGAUGAGCAUGCCGGCUACAAAGCCUCGUCCAGGACUGAGAGAAGAAAAGCUAGCCAGCAUCAUGAGUAAGCUUCCGCUGGCCACUCCCAAAAAGCUUGAUUCUGCUCCGACUGCGCAUUCGUCCAGUCUCAUUGCUGGCCACAGUGGGCCGGGACCAAAGAAACCCCAGGACUUAGCUCACACCGCCAUCGCUUCAGGCCUUAUUGCUGGGUCUUCCAUUCAGAACCCUAAAGUCUCCCUGGAACCUUUGCCAGCCAGGCUCCUUCAGCAAGGGCUGCAGCGGUCCGGUCAGAUCCCUGCUGCUGCCACCGCCUCUUCCUCCUCCUCCUCACAGUCCCAUGUCUCCUCCUCCCCCCAAGCCCAAGCCGCCACCUCCUCUCACGUUCUGGGGACAUCAGAGGCCCAGGAUGCGUCUUCUUUAACCCAAGUCACAAAGGUGCACCAGCAUUCAGCAGUCCAGCAGAACUAUGUGUCUCCACUGCAGGCAACCAUCAGUAAGUCCCAGACCAACCCGGUGGUGCGAUUAAGUAGUACCCCCCAUCUCUCCUGCUCAGCCCCACUUAUAAAGACUGCAGAUAAGCCUCUACUGUACCGCCUCCCCUUGUCCACGCCCUCAUCUGGAAAUGGGUCUCCUGGGUCUCACCCCCUGGUCUCGAGGACAAUGCCCAGCACCACUACCUCCAGUAACUAUUUAGCUAAGGCUAUGGUGUCGCAGAUCUCCACACAGGGCUUCAAAUCGCCCUUCUCAAUGACUGCCUCUCCAAAACCUGCCACAUCUCCAAAACCCCUGCCUUUGCCCAAGCCUUCACCUUCGUCCAAGCCCUCUCUGUCAGCUAAGCCUUCCGUGUCAGCAAAACUUAUUUCCAAAUCCAGUCCGACCCCCAAGCCCACUGUGUCCCCAAGUCCUUCCGGUUCCAGUGCCCUGCUAGGCCAGAGCGGUCACUCCAGCAGCAGCAGCAGCCCAGUCCACAAGCAGCCCAGUGGGAUGGGCGUCAGCAGACAGUCUCCUACCGUGAAUUUAUUGCCCGCUAACCGCACUUCCGGCCAUCCGGCUACAAAAAACCUCCAGGCCUCUUCAAAGCUAGCAAACUCAGUGUCCACUGGAACCAUCGGGAAGAAUAGCUUGAGUGGAAUUGCAGUGAAUGUAGCGGCCAACAGAGGCGGCAACCUUAACUCAAGUGGAGCUAACAGGACUAGUCUGUCUGGGGGAACAGGAAGUGGAACACAGGGUGCUACGAAAUCGUUGUCUACUCCACACAGACCAUCCUCUGCCUCAGGGUCUUCAGUGGUAACAGCCAGCGUGCAGUCCACAGCAGGAGCGUCAUUGUUGGCUAAUGCCUCACCUCUGACUCUCAUGACAUCACCUUUGUCUGUAACAAAUCAAAAUGUGACUCCUUUUGGGAUGCUGGGUGGCCUUGUUCCAGUGACCAUGCCCUUCCAGUUUCCCUUGGAGCUCCUCGGCUUUGGGACAGACACAGCUGGAGCGACAACCACCUCCGGAUCUACCUCAGCCGCUUUCCACCACAGCCUCACUCAGAAUUUACUGAAGGGUUUACAACCAGGAGCUCAGCAUGCAGCGCCGCUCUCCCACUCCCCGCUGCCCGCACACAUCCAGCCGACGUUUCCCGAUGGAGGCCAAAGCAAAGGAGAUGCUCAGCUACCACGGAAAUCUCAGUGA